GUUGUCGGUGUGGAGACCCCAAGAGAGCUGGAUGCCUUUGAAAAGUCAGGUGCAUUUUGCCAAAGUGUUGGCAUCAAUGUUGCUACCGUUUUUACCCCUCUUAGGGCAUAUGAAGAUUUUGCUGCUACUAUUGAGGACAGGCUUGAAGGGAACACUAAUAUCAGUGUAGUAGAGUGUGCACCAAGAACUGGCCUGCAUUAUUUUCUCACAUUUACUGUGGAAUAUGAAGGUAAAGGUGUUGGCAGAAUUGUAUUUAUGUAAAAGAAGUCUUUCGACGUCACGAAACAUCUGAGCACAUCGAUUCUUUUCUCACUCAAACCUCUUUCAGGGGGGAAAUCUCUGUUACUUGCGAUUUUAACCAUAUUUCACUCCCAAAGCAACACCUUCGCUGCUCAAGCAUGCAAGGUAUAGAUUUUGAUAACGCUAUUCUUCGUAUAUGGUGUGACCAUGUCGGUUUGGCUAGUCCUAUUGCUAACUGAUAUAGCUUGAUAACCUCACACCUGUUUUGUCGUUUGAUCUUUCGUAGACCUGAUGCCACCUAGAUCUGCUACUUUACGGCUGGCACAAUGGUGACUCGUUAUGAUGAGUUCCAAGCAACGCAUCCAUAAAAUAUUGCAACGCUUGAUAAAGCAAAUCAGUUUUCAUUUUAUUUUCUUCAAAAGCAAGGGACUCGUUUAACUAGUUUCGACUGUGAUUUAUUGUGGCCAUCUUCAGUUCGUUUUGUGUUUAAGCAAUCACUUCUCCUUUGAAUCAAUAUUUACCUGGCCAGUUCCUUGAUGUGCUAGAAAGCGUUUUGUUUCCUUAAGAGAGACUUGUCUCAGUUGUUUAGCCUUAGUUUGAACUGGGAUUGGUUUUCUGAACUUUUUUUCUUCUGCAGGUAUGACUCAGGAAGACCUCUUCAGAAUCUGGAGCGAAGAAGCAAAGGCUGCUUUGGAAGCUAAAAGAUCUGGAACUGUGUUGGACUUGUGGAAAGUGGUGGCACAACGAAAGGUGUGUUAA